GCAAUCAGUUGGUUCCUUAACUUCAAAUCUAAAUGAAAUUCAGAAAAUUACUUGGGUUGUUUCUAGGUGUUGGGAGAAGUAAAAUAGAUUCUUUUUUUUUUUGCUUUUCUUCUUCCCUUCCCUAAGCCUGUCUUGAAAGUUUUAUGCCCAGAGUAAUAUUGUUUAUUGAAGAGAGAUGAUGCAAACCCUCAAAAAAUCUCAAGGCAAAGCAUACAGUGCAGUAAUUCCCUCUAUAAUCUGAUGUGCAGUACUCACUUAUGUUCUGAUUGUAAAAGACAUGUUUCUAGAUUUGGAGUUACAUGGCUGUGUGCAAAGACACUGUUUGCAAAGGUGAUGUUCAGACAUAUCUACUGGUUGCAGCACUCAAAGUGGAUUAAUUUGUGUGGGGCAGUGUGAAACUCAUACUUCUCAUAUGCCUCUCUUCUCUGAAUGUAGAAUUUAUUUUCAGCUCCUGGAUAUUAAGGAGGAAAAGCUCAGAAUUCUACCCAUCUUACUUGUUUUCUUACAUUACAUUUUAGACCUUCUUGCUUUUUGUUGUUGUUGCGUUCUCAUUUGAUAUUUGUACUGCAUUUCUAUUUGUUUCAUUAUUUGAAAUCCAAGUCCAUACGGUAAAAGUUUUGUAUGAGACAUUAUCCUCCCCUAAAUGGGUGAAGGGCUGAGGUCAACUGGGUGGGAUUUGGCCCUUGGCCCUUAUACUUGCAGGGAGUCUAAUACUUCAUGUACAGUUUAUACUGGGUGAAAAUUGUCCCUUUUGAUACUACUUUUCCAAAAGAUUAUAACAUUUUAAGCAAAUUCCCAGUCUGUCCAGCCAGUUUACAUCAGUAUUUUAUGAAUCACUCAUUAGCGUUACUGAAUUUUAAUUUAAAAGUGUGUAUGAGGUCCUGGUGAGUUGUUUCUAAAUGUAGAAGAGCUGUCUUUAAUUUCUUCUGCUAACUAUGGUACAGAGACUCUCACUUCUCCGUAGGGCUUGUUAAGUAUUUUGGUACAAUAAUUUAUUAUCUUUUGGUAACAUCUAGAAAUCCCAGUUGAAGUUAAUUUUUCUAAAAAAUGUGUAAAAUGAGAGAUGGCUGCUGUCCUGAAUUGAUUACAGUCUGAAAAAGAGAAAUCUUAGAUACCUGUAUUUGGUCCCAUGACAGUGUUUGCAAUCUCUUGAGUGAAUGGCCCUCUUGGGUAUGUUUGUAUUCAUACAUGGUGACAGCUGUGAGGUGGGGUUAGGAUUUUGGGGCUUGUGUACCUUGUUACACUUCUGCAUUCCAACGGGAGCACGCAUUCCUACGCCACAGCUGCAAAAGCACCCCUGCCCCUUGGUAAAUUUUUCUCUUGGAAGAUCCUUUUGGCUCUGAAGAAUGACUUUUGCUCUUCGGUUACUUUUUAGUAACAGGGAGGAGCUGCUUCCACCCUUCCACUAUUUAUUUUGUGAGCAGUGCUCCCAAGUUGGUUACUUUGUGGCUGGAGCUCCCUUGCGUGGGUGCCUCUCGCUGUUACAAAAUUGCUCCCUUACGUAAGGGCGGUGUGGUGCCCUCUUUGUGCUCGGGCUGCAGCUGUCGGGAUCUGUGAUCGCUGCCGGUGUGGGGAUGUUGGCAAUGUGUGACACAGGCUUCGGGACACGCAUUUGCCUGCCGCUGUCCGGGGGGAGGCCACCGGCAAGAUAAGGACUCUGCUGUUGGAGCACCAUCUCUGGAAAGCUGUGAGAGAUCCAGGUAACGCUGACCGAAAUGGGGCGGAUGCCGGGGGUGUUGCACUCGUCUCUGUCUUUUACACUAAAUUAGUUUGUAUCAUUCACUUUAAACAGUACAACUGAGCUGUUCUGCACUGUUCAGUUGCUUGUAGCACUCCCGAUUGCUCAUGUGGGACUAUUUUAGGUUGCUGUGUAGUUCAGUGCACCUCAGGAUAUUUUUAGAAUGGAAAAAAAAAAAAAAAAAAAAAAAAAAAAAAAGAGAGGACCACAAAAAUACAAAGGCUUUUGUCUGUAGGGUAAUUUUACCUUUUAUUUUGUUUUCUAAUGGGAAGAAAAUUUGUCAUUUUUAAUACUUCUGAUGUAGACAACAAGCUGAUGAAUGUGUGCAACAUUUUCUGCUUAAUAUCCCUGUAGUUUCUUAUGCUACUUGUUAUUCUGAAGAUGCAUACAAAGACUUUGAAUCCCACUGGGUCUCUUUUCUGUUGCCUAUCUAAUGAUGUUGCUAUUGUUAACUUCAUGUAUAGACAUAAAUAUAACGGCGAUAUUUUUGUUCUGUGUGCUGUAGUGACAUGUUGAAAGCCCCUAAGUUAUUUUCUCCUUCAAACAGGAUAAUGGCUGCUGGUAUUUUAGUAGUAAAGUUAAACAUUAAACUUGUGUGCCUUUUCUAGUGUGAAGUCAAGAGAGUAAGGUGCAUCCUCUCAAACUGGAGAAGGCUGUUCCAUACUGUCCUCUUUAUCCUGAAAUUUUGGGAGAAAAACCUGCCUAAGACUUUGCACUGUGAGGAAGAUUUGACAUUCAGAAUAUAUUUUUAUUUUGAUUGACCUUUUUCUCUUUUUUUUCGCUUGAUCCCACUAUGGAGAGAUACUCUUUUAGUCAUUGCCUUAUUUAAUGGCAUCCCUAAUGAGUGUUUAGACAUUCUGUAGAUUAUUAACUGUAUGCUGCCUGUAGCCAUCCUGGCAAGAAUCAGACAAAUUUCCACAUAAGAGUGGACAUUUAAAAAUCAUAUGAAAGUAUCAAAAAUAAUCAAAGCACUGUGUGGUAGGUUUGUGGUGGGUUUGUGUGGGGGGUUUUGUUUGUUUGUUUUUGGUGUUUUCCCUGUGAACUCAGUGUUCUUUCUGAUUGUAAAAUAUCAAGAAUUGGAGACUAUUGGUUGUCUGUCUGCUUUUCUGCAGGCAGCUGAAAAUUUUAUUGUCCUCUGUCCCACUUAUCCUACUGCUCUUUUCCUCCAGUAUGCUCUUUGUCUGUUCAUACAAGCACAUAUACUUUCUGUCAGCUUAUUUGUAGAUCCUGCUCCCUUAUUCUCAAGUGCAGCUUUUACUAUUAGAUUGUUUCCUUCCUUUCCAAGCCAAUUAUUUCAAAUAAGAUUAGAUCACAUUGGUGCAAUUUUUCUUCUCUUUCAGGAAUUUGUUUCUACCUUUCCUCUCAAACCUUUAAAAGCCUAUCAAACAUGAUAUUAAUUGAUUCUAGCUUUAAAAUUUUAUAAAAUAGCUCUAAACAUUAAUCAAAACUUUUGUUUGAUUUGAUUUUUUUUAUCUGUUCUUUUUCCUCUGUGAGAAUAUAACAGUUGAACUAGUUUGCUGUGUCCUGUACUUUUGUGCCUUGGAUGUUGAUACUUAUGUGUCUUCAUGCCUUUAUUAUCAAUAGAAGUAAAUUUUACCAUAAUAUAUAUAUUUUUUUAAAAAUGCAGGUUAUGUGUGAAAGAAGAAAUAAAGUAAUUUUAUUGAGACAGACUUAUGUUUCUCUGUCCUAGGGUUUGUGGCAUAGUAUGGAUUUGCCAUCAUCACAGCAUAAUUGUCUACAAAAUCAAUGGGUCAGAGAAUCUAAAAGACAAGAAGGGGAAAAAGAAGAUGAACAGAUCGUUGCAGAAAUCAUGGGGAGGCGUUUUUUUCCUGAUCUUAUAGUUUAUAAGACCUGGGAAGGCUUUCACUUUGCUGGCCAUGAGAUAAGAAUUACAGAAGCCACUGAUUGUUACGGGGCAGUCGUCUGGCCAUCGGCUCUUGUUCUGUGUUAUUUUUUGGAAACUAAUUCCAAACAAUGCAAUUUGGUUGACAAAAAUGUGAUUGAAAUUGGAGCUGGAACUGGCUUGGUCUCCAUAGUAGCCAGCUUGUUGGGUGCCUUUGUGACUGCCACAGAUUUGCCAGAACUACUGGGAAAUCUUCAGCACAACGUUCUCCAGAACACAAAGCAGAAAUGCAAGCACCAGCCUUGUGUUAAGGAGUUGUCCUGGGGAAUUGAUCUGGAAAAGAACUUUCCUAGGUCUUCCUGUCACUUUGACUACAUUAUGGCUGCUGAUGUAGUUUACCACCAUCCAUUCCUGGAGGAACUCCUCCUAACUUUUGAUCACUUGUGCAAGAACGAUACUGUUAUUCUGUGGGCCAUGAAAUUUAGGUUGGAGAAUGAGAACCGAUUUGUGGACAAAUUUCAGACACUGUUUGACUUAGAGAUGAUUUCUAAUUUUCCCAGUCUGAACAUAGCCUUGUAUAAAGCAAUGAGGAAAGGCAGGAUGAAAGCCAGACCUUCCAAACCGAAGGUCUGAAAGAGAGAUAGAGGGAGGUAACAGUUUUAGCUGUUCUACAGCUUUUUCUCUCUUUAAUAAUUUCUAUUUUAGUAGCUGCUGACACUUACAUGAAUGACAUUUCUAGAGAUAGGUAAAACAAAUCAUCAAAUUCCUAGUGCAUCCCUAUAAAUUCCUAAAUUCAAUUUGCCAAUAGUGUUAUACACAGAAGAGAUAUAUCUGUGACAUUGUCUUGACUUUUAUGA